CGGCUCAUUGGCCAAUCAUCAUCGAGACUACUUGCGGGCCCGAAUCCCUCUUCAACCUUCUGUUCUUCGGAGGGGCACCUUCAAGCGGUUCCGUGGCGCACUGGCAGCGGCUUCCUGAUCCACAGAGAAGACGCCAGAAGAAACACUUGAAACACACGCAGCGAUGUCUUUCCUGACUGUCAGCAGGCUAGCGCCUAAACUCCUCAACUCAAAGAACGCAAGCUUCUUCAUUACGGCUGCAAGAAACGCCAGCGCCUCGACGACGAAUCUGAAGGAUGUUCUGUCCGACCUCAUCCCCAAAGAACAGACCAGGAUCAAGAACUUCAAACAGCAGUAUGGCAAAACCAACAUCGGUCAGGUUACUGUGGACAUGGUCUAUGGCGGCAUGAGGGGCAUGAAGGGUCUGGUGUACGAGACCUCCGUGCUGGAUCCCGACGAGGGCAUCCGCUUCCGAGGCUACAGCAUCCCCGAGUGUCAGAAGUUACUCCCCAAAGCCGAAGGAGGCGACGAGCCGCUGCCCGAGGGCCUCUUCUGGCUGCUGGUCACGGGACAGGUGCCCACUGAGGAGCAGGUGACCUGGGUGUCCAAAGAGUGGGCCAAGAGAGCGGCGCUCCCCUCGCACGUGGUCACCAUGCUGGACAACUUCCCCACCAACCUGCACCCCAUGUCCCAGUUCAGCGCCGCCAUCACCGCCCUCAACAGCGAGAGCAGCUUCGCACGCGCCUACUCGGAGGGCGUGCACAAGUCCAAGUACUGGGAGUACGUCUACGAGGACUCCAUGGACUUGAUCGCCAAGCUGCCCUGCAUCGCCGCCAAGAUCUACCGCAACCUGUACCGCGAAGGCAGCAGCAUCGGCGCCAUCGACCCCAACCUGGACUGGUCCCACAACUUCACCAACAUGCUAGGCUACAGCGACGCCCAGUUCACCGAGCUCAUGAGACUCUACCUCACCAUCCACAGCGACCACGAAGGAGGCAACGUGAGCGCCCACACCAGCCACUUGGUGGGCAGCGCCCUGUCGGACCCCUACCUGUCCUUCAGCGCCGCCAUGAACGGCCUGGCCGGUCCUCUCCACGGCUUGGCAAACCAGGAGGUGCUGGUGUGGCUGACGGCCCUGCAGAAGGAGCUGGGGGGGGAGGUGUCGGACGAGCGCAUGAGGGACUACAUCUGGAACACGCUCAAGUCCGGAAGGGUGGUCCCGGGCUACGGCCACGCCGUCCUGAGGAAGACGGACCCCCGCUACACCUGCCAGCGCGAGUUCGCCCUCAAGCACCUGCCCAACGACCCCAUGUUCAAGAUGGUGGCCCAGCUCUACAAGAUCGUCCCCAACGUGCUGCUGGAGCAGGGCAAGGCCAAGAACCCCUGGCCCAACGUGGACGCCCACAGCGGCGUGCUGCUGCAGUACUACGGCAUGACGGAGAUGAACUACUACACGGUGCUCUUCGGCGUGUCGCGGGCUCUCGGCGUGUUGGCCCAGCUGGUGUGGAGUCGGGCCCUGGGCUUCCCGCUGGAGCGCCCCAAGUCCAUGAGCACGGAUGGACUCAUGUCCCUGGUGGGCUCAAAGUCGGGCUGAGGCGCCGGGGACCGAGCACGGAGUCGACCCCGAAACCCCCCCACCGCCCGCCCGCCCCACCCUGCCGGAUUCAAAGACAGUACGCUUAUUUCCCACAGCGCUUUAGUGUAACUAUCUGGGAACUCACACACACACACACAUGUACACACACACACACACACACACACACACACACAUUACCGUAAAUGCUCAAAUGAUCGCUCGUUAAAUUGUUGUUUUUUUUAACGUUAAUAAUGAUUUGGAGUGCAUGAGAAAGCCGAGAAGGACAAUGUAGCUCCAUGAUGAACAUAUCUAGAACACAACACAACCGAUGUUGUAGCGGCGCUACGUGGAAAUACACGGAUGUCAUUUAUUAGCUAAAGUCCCCACACGGGUUGCUAUCACCGCCUUUUUAAAGCGCAUGCAGAGCUCCAUCGAUAUAAACACGGAUGUUAUUAAAUCGGAACCCGAGUGGGUGGCUCUCGUUUCCACCUUUGCAACCUUUUAAAGCGCCUGCAGAGCUAAAUGAGGCCGCCGGAAAGCUCGGCCGCUCGGGAUACCAUUUUUUUUUAAAACAAAAACAAACCACAUCAGGGGGUCGCCUACAGCCACAGGUGUAUCAGUUUGAGCCGUGCGGUAAAUUGGAGCAUUUACGGUAUCGUUAUUGUCGUCGUAGCUAGCAUGGCGAGCUAUCAAAGGGAAUUGUGGGAGUGAAUGAAAUGUACUUCCUUUGUGUUUAAGCCACGCCCCCAGCACCCCCCCACGCUAUCGAUUGGUUUCACUCCCGCGAACGAACACUCCGCCGUUCCCGCCGCAUUCAUCAAUUCAAACGUAAGAAAUUGUUAAAAAAAAAAAAAAAAAAAAGCAAGCUUGUCUC